AUGAUUCUCCAGCUCGGGCGCAACCUGAGCCGCUUGGCCCCCGCUCUCAGUCGCAGCGUCCACUCCGGCACGCGUCCCGCCUCCACGGCCGCAAACAAACUGAGGUCCGACCGCCCGCUCACCUCGGAGGAAAUCUACGCCCGCGAGGACAAGUACGGAGCGCACAACUACCACCCGCUGCCCGUGGCCUUGGAGAGGGGGGAAGGUAUCUAUUUGUGGGACGUGGAUGGCUGCCGGUAUUAUGACUUCUUGAGCGCCUACAGUGCAGUGAACCAGGGCCACUGCCACCCGAAGAUCAUCGCCGCGCUCACCGCCCAAGCCUCCAAACUCGCCCUGACCUCCCGCGCGUUCUACAACGACGUGCUGGGAGCCUACGAGGAGUACAUCACCGGCCUGUUUGGCUACGACAAAGUCCUACCCAUGAACACAGGUGUUGAAGGUGGUGAGACGGCCUGCAAGCUCGCCCGCAAAUGGGCCUACAAUGUGAAGGGGGUUCCCAAAAAUCAGGCCAAAAUCAUUUUUGCGGAGGGAAACUUCUGGGGCCGCACCAUGGCGGCCAUCUCCAGCUCGACUGACCCCAGCAGUUACGAAGGUUUCGGCCCCUUCAUGCCGGGCUUCGAGCUGGUCCCAUACAACGACAUCCCUUCACUGGAGAAAGCUUUUCAAGACCCCAACGUUGCCGCUUUCAUGAUGGAGCCCAUCCAGGGCGAGGCGGGGGUGGUGGUGCCGGACCAGGGCUACCUGACCAAAGUCAGAGACCUUUGCACCAAAUACAACGUGUUGUGGAUCGCCGACGAGGUGCAGACGGGCUUGGCGAGGACCGGCCGGCGCCUGGCUGUGGACCACGAGGAAGUCCGCCCCGACGUUGUGAUUCUGGGCAAAGCUCUUUCUGGAGGCGUUUACCCCGUGUCUGCCGUGCUGUGUGACGACGAGGUAAUGAUGACCAUCAAGCCAGGAGAACACGGCUCCACGUAUGGCGGCAACCCUGUGGCCUGUCAGGUCGCAAUGGCCUCACUGAAGGUGCUUGAGGAGGAGAAGCUGGCAGAGAACGCCGAGAGGAUGGGAGCGCUGCUGCGGAGCGAGCUGAGCAAACUGCCCAAAGACAUCGUGACAGCCGUCAGAGGGAAAGGCCUCCUCAAUGCCUUCGUCAUUAAGGAGACUAAAGACUACAAUGCCUGGAAGGUGUGCUUGCGACUUCGUGACAACGGACUGCUGGCCAAGCCCACCCACGGUGACAUCAUCCGCCUGGCGCCUCCCCUCAUCAUCAAAGAGCACGAGCUGCGCGAUUGUAUCGAUAUCAUCCAGAGAACCAUCUUGUCCUUCUAAAUUACAACCUGACGCAGAAUUCAAAGAUAGGUAGAGCUAAACAUGAUGUAGCUUUCUAUUAUUAUUAUUUUUAAAAUAUUUUAGUUCAAAGAGUUCUUUGAUGCGUACUCUGGUAGGAAUGCAGUACAAAGUUGUGGAGUGCGCUUCUAUGAGACUGUAUCAACACUUUUGUACAUAAACCGCUGUAAAGAAGAGGUUCCUGAAACCCAAGCAAAAAACUAUUUUAAGUGUUCAAUAUUUCAUUUUAGGGUUGACCCGAAUGCCUCGACGCUUCAGCCAUGGCAAUCAAAUCUAUAUUUGAAAGCAUAUUUGACCUCAAAUAUGAAAAUCCCCAAAUAGCCUGUAAAAUGAAGUCUAGUAAGCUCAACAUUAUAGUGAAUCACUUUAGUUAUGAAGACAUUAACGUUGUUUGUGUCUGUGCCAUUGUCCAGGCAGCAGAUGAGAUGUUACGUUUUCUAACCCUCUUUUAAUUUAUGUUAACGGCCACGUUGUAUUUAUUAAUUUGUAUAUGAGCGAGUUCAUUUUUAUGGACUGCUGUGGUGAUUAUUGCACAUUUAGUAGCUUUUGACAUUUUGGUAAAUGGGUGUCCUUGAAGUCGGACAAGGACAAAUCCCUCAUUGGAGAAUAAUUGCAAAGUAAAUCUUGGCAGCGUGCAUCUGUGUCACUGAAGCUUUAAAGUCUCGGGACAGAACUAGAUAUAAUAUAUUGACGUAAAUAGUUUACAUGCUUGUCUUCAAUAAAACCUUUUUAAUUAUAAGAAGGAUAUGUGAAGCUUUUGGGAAGGCGUGCAGUUGGAAGUUACAAAGAUCUGUUCUGAUCUGUUAAGUAUUAAGUCUGACUGACUGAUCGACGUUGGAAGUACAAGUUAAUAUUGCACCUACGCUUUGUGUUGUUUUUAUGUAGAGGGCCAGCUAGUCUGGGUCAUUUUUGAAGUAUUCCAGAGCAGGGUUUCUCCACAAUUGGGAAAAUGCCUUAAUGUAUAUGGAAUUUUCAGAUUUCGAGAACUUGCAAAUUUUGGUGAAAUUAUUUUAUUUUUCCCAAACACUUUUUUGAAGUACUUUUAAUUACCAAUAUCUGUAUGUGUAGCACAUUGUUGUCAUUGAACAUUUUGAUGGAUCUGAUGGACAUUGUCUUUCAAAGGCAAUAUCCCCUUUUAGUUAUUGCCUAAUUCACUAAUCUUCAAAUAAAUUAAAAAAAUAAACAGUC